GCGGGGUAGGGGCGGGGCCGCCACGGGCAAGCUCCGAGGCGAACGAAGCCCGGCGGCGACUCGCAAAUCCCCACAACCUGCGGGCACUUCACCUUUUCCUCUCUAACUCUGCCAGCGGCCCCCGGCCCACAAAGUCCGGGUUGGCUCCGCUGGUCAAAACCCCUCCUCUCAGGAGCCGGGAGGACCGCCCCUGGAGGGGGAGGGGAAGAGCAGGCGAUUUCGACCGCGGAUUGACUCGUCCGGGCACCCGUUGUCGGGAACUGGAGAACGCCGGUCCCGGGGAAAAAGGAAGAAAAAGUGUCCGGUCUCGGCGGUACGUUCCGGUGGGCCUCUCGGCGGGCCUGGGCCCGACUCACCCCGCCGCCUGAGGAGCGCGAGUCGGAGUCGGAGCUCGGGCGCGAAGCGGAGCAGCGGGCGCUGUCAUGGCAGACUACUGGAAGUCACAACCCAAGAAGUUCUGUGAUUAUUGCAAGUGCUGGAUAGCAGACAAUAGGCCUAGUGUUGAAUUUCAUGAAAGAGGAAAGAAUCAUAAGGAAAAUGUGGCGAAGAGGAUCAGUGAGAUUAAACAAAAAAGCCUGGACAAGGCAAAAGAAGAAGAAAAGGCGUCAAAAGAGUUUGCUGCAAUGGAGGAAGCUGCCCUGAAAGCAUACCAGGAAGAUCUGAAAAGGCUCGGCUUAGAGUCAGAAAUUCCAAAAGCAAGUAUAUCCCCAGUAACCAACACUGCCCCACCCACUCCUACCCCACCCAGUACCACAUCAAGUCAGAAGAAAGAAAGGAAGAAGAAGAAGAAAGAGUCUUCAAAGGGCAGAUGGGUGGAAGGUAUGACGUCUGAUGGUUACCAUUACUACUACGAUCUGAUCACAGGAGCAUCUCAAUGGGAGAAACCUGAAGGAUUUCAAGGAAACUUAAAAAAGGCAGGAGAGAAGACUGUUUGGGUGGAAGGUUUAAGUGAAGAUGGUUACAGCUAUUAUUACAAUACUGAAACAGGGGAAUCUAAAUGGGAAAAACCUGAUGACUUCAUUCCACACACUGCUAAUUUGCAUUCUGAUAAAGUCACUAAAAAGUCACUUGGUGCCAUAGAAGAAUCCAAAUCAUCAGAUUCACAGAGUGAUUCUGAAAAGGAACAGGAGACAAAAGGAGAAAUCUCUACAGAAAGACCAAAGUUAACAAUAAAAUUUAAGGAAAAAAAGAAAAACAGUGAUGAGGGAACUAAACCACAAAUACAGAAAGAAAAAAGCCAACCAAAACAGAAUUCAUCGAUUCCAAAAGAAGAAAAACCAAAAGCACAGAAAAAACCAAAUCCUUAUGGAGAAUGGCAAGAAGUUAAAGAAGAAAUAAAAUCUAAUGAGGGGGUAGAUUUGGAACUUCCCAGCACCGAAAAUGAGUAUGUAUCUACUUCAGAAGGUGAUGAUGGGGAACCAAAAGUGGUAUUUAAAGAAAAAACUGUCACUUCUCUUGGAGUUGUCGCAGAUGGUGUGGCGCCAGUUUUCAAAAAGAGAAGAAUUGAAAAUGGAAAAUCCAGGAAUUUAAGGCAACGAGGUGACGAUCAGUAAUUGUAAUAGAACUUCUUCCAUAUACUUUCUGGACAGAAUGGAGACAGUACAUCUUAAAGAUUCUUUGUGUGUAUUUCUAACUACUUUGAUGCUAGAAAUUUAGAUUUAUUCUAAAUGUAUUUUAUGUGAAUUAAAUCUUUUUAAAAAAAAUUUUAUCUUUGUUCCUAAAAUGGAGCCUACCACAUUGCAUUGCAAUACAGUGUAUUAUGUUCAGUGUCUAAAAAUUUAUAAUUAUGUCAUAAUUUAAGAUGCUGUGUAUCUGUUAUUCAAAACAUGCAGACAAGGCUUUAUUCCAUUCUUACUCCUUCGCACAUGCUUACCUUGCAAAAUAGAACAUUCACAGCCAGUGGCAGAUUGAUUCUUAAGAUCCUGUUUGAGACUUAUAUGGAAGUAUUUCCAUCUCAGCUUACCUUCCCAAAUUUAAGGUCAAAGGGCAGGGAGCAGGAGCAGCUCAGGUACUUCAAAUGUAGUGGUUAAUAUGUGGUAAGAUCUGGACCAAAGGUAGAAAUGAAAAUUAGCCCCAGCUGAGUUUUGUUUCUGAAGCAUUUUAACUUUUAACCAGCCAUUGUGCUGGUUUGUCAGUUGUCUUCAGCAGUAGAUGUCCAGGAAAAUACUUUUUUGUUUUUACGCUUUAACACUAUUACAUAAAAGAAACUUGACUAAAAUAGACCUCUAGCUUCAUAAGUGACUAGUGUUCACUCAUAUUAGGAAUUUUUCCAUUUUCUCAUUAGAUUUCUUUAAAGAUGGACUUACUUGCAACUUCUUAAAAUGAUAUUUUUCAUAAAAUGUACAGUAUUUAACUUUUGGUAGUAAAAAUUUGUCUUUUUAAGAUACUAGUGUAUAUGUAAGAAAAUUGAAGCUUAUUAAAAACUGUGAAAUACAGU